AAAAAAUACGAAAAAAAAUACGAAAUUUUUAUCAUAAUUCAAAUAUCAUUUAUUAUAUUUUUAACAAAAAAAUAAAAAAUAAAAUAUGGCACCAAAAACUUCUGCUACACCUUUUGAAGAAUUUAUUCCUUGGGCUAUUAGACCUUUGGCAAAAAGAAUAUUUCGUCCUAAUAGUCCCAAUAAUAAAAAUAAUAAAUCUCAUGUAACAAGAGAAGCUUUCUUAGCAAGUAAUCCAUUCAUAAAAUUCUUUUCACCGAAAAAAGAAUCAUCAUUUAAUUUUAAUAAUAAUAAUUUUAAUGAUGAAGAAGAUGUUACAAAAAAAGAAUUUUAUAAAUUUUCAAAACUUGAAGAUAUUUCAAUUGAAUAUCUUUUAUUAAUUUGUAAAGAUUUUACACCUUAUGAACUUUUCGCUCUCGCUGGAACUUGUAAACGGUUACGAGAAUUACUUAUGUCCGACGAUCCUUCGGUUCAAUCCAUAUGGCGUAAUUCAAGACAUCAACAUAUGCGUUAUCUUCAAUUACCUCCUCCUUAUCUUUUAACUGAACAAGAAUAUAUUGGUUUAACAAUGAUGGAAAGAGGUUGUCAAUUUUGCGGUGAAAGAAAAAAUUGGGUACGCGUAUAUUGGAAAUUUCAAGUUCGUUCUUGUUAUGAAUGUUAUAAACCAAGAUUCUUAAGAAAUACUAGAAACGCCAAACAAAAUAAGAAUAAUACCCCUGAAACUGAAGUCUAUUUAACCGACAUAAAAAAUCGGGAAGCUGAUGACCGUAAACAAUUACGAGAAACGAUCGCUCAUAGGAAACAAAAAUUAUUUGAAAUUUUACAAGAUUUAGAAUCUGAAACUGUUGAAGAAGAUGGUUGCGAGAAUAUUCGUUUAUUAUUCAAAUAUGAUUCAAAAUUAUUAAAACAGUGUCCCUCGUACAACGCAGAGUGGCGUUUAUAUGAUCAACCAUUCACAAGAAAGGACGAAUCAAAUUUAAGAAAAUUAAUGGAAAAUGAAUAUAGAGUUUUAGUAGAAAAAUUAUAUAUGGAUGCAGCUCACGUAUUACAAUAAUAAUUUUACAAUAAUUUUUUUACAAUAGGGUUACUGUAAUUACAAUAGAAAAAAAAAAAAAAAUUUUUUUUUUUAAAUGUAAAUUGUAAAGU